AUGAAUAUUCCAGAACACUUGGGUAAUUGCAAAGGAUCAUCCCAUGGGUGGCUGAUUUUGUUGGACCAAGAAGCAUUCCCACAUAUCUUCAAUCCAUUCUUGGGGGCUAGGAUUCAACUCCCUCUUUUUGAAGUUCGCAAAACAAGCCUUCAUUGCUUCUUUGUCCGGGAUAUUAAGAAAGUUGUACUCUCAUCAGACCCAAUUCAGAGUAAGAACAACUACUGGGUAGGAGUAAUAUAUGGUGUAAUUGAUCCCAAGCUUGCCUUUUGGAAGUAUGGAGACAGUGAAUGGACUGCCCUGGACGGUGCAGAUCAUGCCUACUGUGAUAUCAUUUCUCACCAUGAUCAUAUUAUUGCUUUGGGUGAAACAGCUUCAGUUGAAAUCUGGGAUUUCAAUAAUUCUGUCCCUGCAAAAAAGAUGCAGAUUGAGCCUAUUUUUCCUGAGAAAAGGGUGGAAUUUGAAAAUUCUCUUGGAGAUGAUCUUUAUACCAUUCAAAGUUACAUAGUGGAAUCAAAGGGUGAUCUGCUGCUUAUUGUGAGGUAUAUUGGGAAUCAUGUUCGCUGGGACGGUGUAGUUGUUCAUGAGGCAGACCUUCUUGAUGAAGAGAACCAAUGCUGUAUUUGUUCUCACUUGACAAAGCUAUUUCAUGUUUACAAGCUGGAUUUCAGUCAGAAAACAUGGGAACAACUGGCAUCAAUAGGCGAUGAUCGCGUGCUGUUUUUGGGUCGGAAUCAAUCUGUGUCACAUUCAGCAAAGGGUUUUCCAUCUUGUAAAGGGAAUUCGAUUUACUUCACGGACAAUUACUAUUGUGAUCAUUUGGGUGAGAAUGACAUGUAUGGGCAUGACACGGGCAGGUUUGACAUGGAGAAUCAGAGUAUAGAAGUGAUUAAUGAAGAUGAAGAUGAUUGGCAGAAGAUUCAACCAGCACCCAUUUGGGUUGUUCCUAAUCCAUGCUACUAG